AUGAAUGGAUCGAAUUACGAAGAGUUUGUCAACUCUCUAAAUAGGAGUAACAAUACUGACGAGUAUAAUUCGGCCAUUGAAAGCGAAACCGUUACUCCUGCCAGGAAUGCUCAUCUGGGCUCAAAGAAAAGAAAGAUUGAUGAAAUAGACAAAGGGACUUCAGAUAAUAAUAAUUUCGGAUAUGUAGAAGUAAAAAAACUUGAACACUGCACAAGAACACUCCAGAAGAAUAUCAGGCUUCUUAUAAAUGAAGCACCUGAUUUAACAGAAGUUGAGAGACUAUUAACCUCGAAGACGUUGGACCAAAAUACUAUAUUUGAUUUAGAGAAUAACGAACUAAUCAAGUUGGCAGCACAGUUGAAAACGAAAUACAAUAAUGGACGCUUAAGGCUAUUCGAUUCAAUAAUAAAUAAUAAUGCUAGUGUAAUUGAAGGUGUGGAUGAUGAAGACAAUGAAAUAAGUUCAGGUUCAGAAAAAAGCAUGGAUACAGAAAGACACACAAGAAAAACGUCAAAAGAACCAGAGUCGAAGGAAAGUAACGUACCUGACUUACCGGUAAUAAACGACAUCAAACUCUGUAAUAGGGUCUUCAUUCAUAAGUCUAUUAUUAAUAAUAAAUCUUAUUUGCAUAAAUCUGAGUUGAUGGCAUCGCAUAAUGAAAGAUUGGAAUUUUUAGGGGAUUCUGUACUUAAUAAUCUUGUAACAGUAAUAAUUUUUAAUAAAUUUCCAGAAGCAUCUGAGGGUGAAUUGUCAAAGAUCAGAUCACUGUUGGUUAAUAAUGUCACUUUAGCUGAAUUCUCAAUAUUGUAUGGGUUUGAUAAGAAGUUGAGAAGUAAUAUUAAUGACCAAAUACUUAAGGAUAGUACCCAAAAGAUUUAUGCUGAUAUAUUUGAGGCAUACAUCGGCGCAUUAGCAAUUGAACGUAAGUUUGAUUACACCGAAAUUCAGCAAUGGCUUACUACAUUAAUGGACAGUAGAUUGAAUAAACAUGCUAGGCAGAUCAGCAGUACUGAAGAGAUAAACAAAGAUGCCAAGUCGGAAUUAUACUCUCUUAUUGGUACAGCAGCUUUUCACCCUCAAUACGAAGUAGUUAAAACUGGUGAUGGCUCAUCAAAUCCAUUUGUGAUAAGAUGUACCAUGGGUGAUGAUGUUUUAGGGGUAGGCACUGCUCCUAGUAAUAAAGACGCUGGUUUAAGGGCGGCCAUGGAAGCAUUGAAAAAUAAGAGCUUGCUCGAAAAGUACAGUCAGGUAAGGUUUAAUAUGGAUAGAAAUCAAUCUGUGAUAAGUAAUAAGACGAAAAGUGCACAAUUAUCAACAUCGACUUCACAAUCUAGCGAAACACAAAAAAUUGAUACAACCAUAUUCCCUCUUAUCGCAGAUGUCUCUACAGAUGUAGAUAAUAAGGCAAAGAAUGAACUUUAUUCAAUAUUAGGGAAGAAUAUGGGGACUAUUCCUAUCUAUGAGAUCUAUGAAAUGUCAUCAAAGCAAUUCCGAGCCGAGCUUAAGGUUAAAGGAAUACAUGUUGCAACCGCAGUUGAUGCUACAAAGAAAAGAGCUUGUAGUAGAGCUGCAAUGACAAUUAUAAAUAAUAAAGAAGCAAUCGAUGCUUUAUGCAGCUUAUAA